AUGGUUAGCAACUCUGCCAUGGCUUGCCUUUAUGAAAAAAACGUAGCUUCACGCCUUCAUCUGGUAUCGGUGUUUUGCAUUUCUUUGGUCGUUUCCGGCUUUGCAGAGCUUCAGAGGUUUCAACACGCAACAAAAGAUGAUGGGUCGCUUAGCUUUUUGGUGGUUGGAGAUUGGGGCAGAAGAGGGUUCUAUAACCAAUCCGCAGUUGCUUUACAGAUGGGAAGGAUUGGAGAGCAAUUAGAUAUAGAUUUUGUUGUAUCCACCGGAGAUAAUUUCUACGGUGAUGGAUUAAGGGAUGUAAACGAUCCAGCAUUUUUGGAGUCCUUCAAGGACAUUUACACAGCAACUAGCUUGCAAAAACAGUGGUAUAGUGUUUUAGGAAACCAUGACUAUAGGGGUGAUACUGAGGCACAAUUAAGCCCUGCCCUCCGAAAGAUUGAUAGCCGAUGGCUUUGCCAGAGAUCCUUUAUUCUUAAUACAGGAAUUGCGGAGUUCUUUUUCGUGGACACCACUCCAUUUGUGAACAAAUACUUGGUUGACAAAGAACAUAAUUAUGAUUGGCGAGCAGUAUCACCCCGUGGGACUUACGUCGCUAACCUUCUGCAGGAUUUGAAAGUGGCAUUGAACAAGUCAACAGCAAAGUGGAAGAUAGUCGUUGGUCACCAUGCGAUCAGAAGUGUUGGACAUCACGGCGACACUCCGGAGCUCAUAAGUCUCCUCUUACCAAUACUUAAGGCUCACAAUGUUGAUAUGUACAUGAAUGGACAUGACCACUGUUUGGAGCACAUCAGUAGCCUCGACAGUCCUAUUCAGUAUUUAACAAGCGGGGCAGGUUCAAAAGCAUGGAGAGGAGAUGUUAAGAGUUAUAAAAACAAUCGAGCCAUGAAGUUCUUCUAUGAUGGCCAAGGUUUCAUGUCUGUGAAACUGACCGGAUCGGAUGCUAAGAUUGCAUUCUAUGAUGUUUUAGGCAGGCUUUUGCACACCUGGAAGAUGUCCAAGCCGCUUCACUCUACCAUGUAAUUAUGAAGUGUGCUCGCCUCCCCAUGGCAGAGAGGCCAACAAACAAUCAGCAAAGGAAAAUUACAACACAGCUAGUUGAUCAGUUUUGUAAAUUAAUUUAGUAGUUGGGGAUACGUUCUCUGUGUACAUGUCAUUAUUGAUUUCUAGGCUUCAUGUACGUACG